GUCUUAUUCAUCUCUUUCUUUCGCAAACCAUCCCGCUGGCUCCCAUACAUAUCCUCGCAUCGGGGUCUCAUUCGACUGCAAUUUACGGAUAGCUCACCGCCCUUCUCGACAUCGUAUCGACCUCGCCACAGAGACUCGCACGCCUCGAGAAACAAAGCCUCAAGCCAUCCCCGCCACCAUCUCGCCCCCUAAUUUCUCUACAAACGGAUAAAAGCAUCUAGACAAUGGGCCUAUCGCUCUCCCGCGUGUACUCUUCGCUCUCUUCCCUCGCGUUCUGGGGAAAGGACAAGGAAGUCAGGAUAUUGAUGGUGGGGCUGGAUUCGGCAGGCAAGACGACGAUCCUGUAUCGGUUGCAAAUUGGAGAGGUCGUUUCCACCAUCCCAACUAUCGGAUUCAAUGUCGAAACGGUUUCCUAUAAGAAUAUCAAUUUCCAAGUAUGGGACCUUGGAGGGCAAUCCAGCAUCAGACCGUACUGGAGAUGCUACUAUGCCAACACCCAGGCAAUCAUCUACGUGAUCGACUCGUCCGACGCCUCCCGUCUCCCCACCUCCCGCUCCGAACUCUUGACCAUGCUUUCGGAAGACGAGCUCAAAUCCGUGCCCGUGCUCGUCUUUGCCAACAAACAGGAUGUAGAAGGGGCGUUGAGUCCGGGAGACAUUAGUGACAAGUUGGGAUUGGCGGGGCAGGAGAAGGGUCGGGAAUGGAGUGUCAGGGGAAGCUGUGCGGUCAAGGGUGAUGGAUUGGAGGAGGGGUUGGAUUGGCUCGUCAACACAAUACAGAAAUAAGAGCGCUACUCUUUGUACAUACUCAACGUCAUUCUCUCGCCGUUUUCACUUUCCAUAUCGGUCUAUACAGCAUGUACCAAGUAGGACA